GGCAACCAUUAAGGUAAACGGGCGGUUUGACAAGCGCUUAUGGGCAGAGAUGGCACACUCAGGAGAUAUCGAUCGACGCUGACAGAGUGAACAGCGCGUCUGCGAGAAUUCACGAUGCUAGCACGUGCUGAGUAACAACUUACACGUAGUUUGACUCAGUUGCGUUUAUUUUAUUUUAAACAAUUAGCAGCGGGAGAAUUAAGCAAGUUAUUAUGGCUUCUAGAUCGGGUUUCCAACUCAACUCCAGCACCCCAAUAAACCCCAACAUGAACCCGGGUCACAGCAGCGCUAUGAGAAUGACAGCAAUGCCGCAAAAUUCCCCCUACAGGGGUAUGGUCAGCACACUGAACCAGUACCACCAGCGCCCAAGUAUGCCACCCAGCCGAGGAGUGCCAAUGGGGGGCAUGGGGUCUAUGGGCUCCCCCAUGCCUGGUCCGUCUUAUAGCGGAGGCAUGCCGAUGCGACCCGGCAUGCCACAGGCCCUGAUGGACCCCACACGGAAAAGAUUUCUUCAGCAGCAGCCCGGUGGUCUUAUGGGUCCUAGAAGGGGAGUUAAGCGGCGUAAGAUGGCUGACAAAGUUCUCCCACAGAGGAUCAGAGAUCUGGUCCCCGAGUCUCAGGCCUACAUGGACCUUCUGGCCUUUGAGAGAAAGCUGGACCAGACCAUCGCUCGCAAACGCAUGGAGAUACAGGAGGCCAUCAAAAAGCCUAUCACGCAAAAGCGAAAACUGAGGAUCUACAUAUCCAACACCUACACACCUGCCAAACCAGAGGGGGAGGAGGCUGAAAAAGUGGCAUCGUGGGAACUCAGAGUGGAGGGCAAACUCCUGGAGGACCCUGGAAAACAGAAGAGAAAGUUUUCAUCCUUCUUCAAAAGCUUGGUCAUUGAACUGGACAAAGAACUUUAUGGCCCAGACAAUCACCUGGUGGAGUGGCACAGAAUGCCCACAACUCAGGAGACGGAUGGCUUUCAGGUGAAGAGACCAGGAGAUGUGAAUGUGAAAUGCACUCUCCUCCUUAUGCUGGACCACCAGCCUCCACAGUAUAAGCUAGAUCCUCGCCUGGCUCGACUUUUGGGCGUCCACACUCAAACCAGAGCCAGUAUCAUGCAGGCCCUGUGGCUCUACAUCAAAAACAACAAGCUCCAGGACUGCCAUGAGAAGGAGUACAUUAACUGCAAUCGAUACUUCAGACAGAUUUUUGGCUGUCCCAGGAUGAGGUUUUCUGAUAUCCCCAUGAAGCUCGCAGGCCUUCUGCAGCAUCCUGACCCCAUCGUCAUCAAUCACUCAAUCAGUGUGGAUCCCAAUGACCAGAAGAAGACAGCGUGCUUUGACAUCGAUGUUGAGGUGGACGACCCACUGAAGGCUCAGAUGACCAGCUUUCUGUCAUCCACAACCAAUCAACAGGAGAUUGCUGCCCUAGAGAUGAAGGUGAUCCACGACACUAUUGAGUCCAUCAACACGCUGAAGACCCAGAGAGACUUCAUGCUCAGCUUCAGUAACAACCCGCAGGAGUUCAUCCAGGACUGGCUCAAGUCUCAGAGCCGAGACCUGAAGAUGAUGACGGACACUGUUGGGAACCCAGAAGAGGAGAGGACGACGGAGUUUUACCAAGCACCCUGGGUCACAGAAGCUGUUGGACGCUAUGUAUUUUCAAAGGUCCAGCAGAGGAGACAGGAAUUGGAACAGGUACUGGGAAUCCGACUCACAUAAGCAUCAGACUCCCAACCCGCUGCCACCUGAUGAAUUAGCUCUCCAUUUACAUCUGAUACAUAUUCUGUUUGAAAAGGAAUGGAGGCACUUGAUCUAUCCAUUUUCUGAAUGCGGGCGUUGUUGAAAUGUUAAAUAUAUAUUGCACCGUCAUAAACAGCCUGUCGGGUGCAGAAUUUGCUGAUUGUACAGUAACACAAUUCUGCCCACAUCGAAUCUCAGAUAGCAGACUAACUGGAACACCUCAGUCUCUUAAAACUUUCCUUGUGUAUUUUGCCAUCAAAUAUGACAGUAAGCCAUUCAAUGCAUGAUAUUUGCUUAGUAACAUCUUCUGUUUUUAAUAUUUAACAGUAUGAUAAACUGUUUAUCUAGUUGACAAAAUGGACAGAAGCAACCAGUUUAAUACAGCUUUUUGUACACUUUGUGUUUGCAGUAGUUAAUUCCUAGGCUCAGCCGACACGUGCCCUUUUAUAAACAUUUCUUCUUCUGGCUCUUCUUAAACUUUUCAAAUAUAUUGCACAGUUUUGAGAUUAAGCUGCAGUUACUUAUGAUUAAGUAGAUUCGUAAUGAAAAUGCAGUGUUUUUAUUCAAUCCACAAUAUUCUGGAUUUUUGUUUUUGGUCUCAGGAAAAUAUGCACUGCACUGUUAAACAGCCGUGUCUUUUGUGUUCGGCACAUUUGGUUGUCCAGCUGUUUUGGUUCAGUAUGCCAGACUUUCUGUCUUCAUCUUGUUUGUGUUUAGAUUUUUAGAUUUGACUGUUUUUUUAAUCUGCCAAGGUAGCAGAGACCAUAUAGCAAUGCCCAGAUUUCUGACAAAUAGUGCAUUGGGUGUGUCAGCCAUCUCUUGUUUUUAGGUAUUCAAAGCCAUAUUUGUACUUUUGAUCGUUCAAGUUCAUUGCGUAAUUCUACAUUCCAGGCACAGUUGUGAAUUUACUGUCAGAGUUUGUUUUAAUAAGUGGCCUUUCGUAUUUGUGUAGUCAUUUGUGUUCUCGCAAUUGAAGUUAUCGUUAAAGAAAUGUUUCGGGUCUAAUGCAAGUUAAGCUCCAUUAACAGCAUAUGUGGCUUUUUAGCAGUUACCACAGAAUAUCUGUUUUCAAACAAAUAAUUUAAAUCUCACGAUUUCAAGUUCAUUUCUGAGGUACGAGUCAAAAGUUGUUUUGUUUUGUCAUUGGCAACAUGUUACAGAUGCUAUCCUAAGAGCUUCAUUUGUGAACUUUUUUUCUUUUGAUCCUCAGACAGUAUUAUUACUGGUCUGAAAUGCUCUUAUAUGCUCUUAAACUUUUACAAUUUAAGGUUUGUUUUAUAUUUUUGUAUCAAUCAAAUGCUUGCCUUUUUGUACUUUUUUACUGGGAAAUUGGAGUAUUUUAAACAAUAAAUUUGUUUCCAUAAAGGGGUGUU